AUGAAUCAUGAUUCACAAUCUCUCAAUACGCUCGUCGCGUACUAUCGAGAAAUAUACGCUGACAAAUCGGAAGAGUUAGAAUCGAUUACUGAAUUUGAAAAAGAGUAUUGCCCUAAUAAAGCUAUUUGGUAUUACAGUAAAUCGACAUUCGUCUUUGGUAUGGUCAAUCGUGCUCUUCGUUUAUUAGAAGGAGAUGUUAUUAUCAAUAUGGGGUUUUUCAUUCGCGAUCUUCAUUAUCAAAUCGAACAACGUCAUAAGGAAUAUAUUUCCAAAUCUGUUGAUGAACACCUUUCUUUUUACCGUGGUCAAGGACUGUCGUUCAAUGAUUUUGAAAAAUUGAAGACGAACAAAGGACGACUUAUGUCUUUUAAUUGUUUCUUAUCAACAAGUAGUAAUAGAGAUGUUGGCGACAUGUAUGCCGAAAGCAAUUCACGAAGUCAGGGAAAGGUUGGUGUUCUAUUUGUAAUUAAAGUUGAUCCAAAGAUCAAAUCAACACCAUUUGCCAACAUCGAGAGGGAAAGCAAUUAUCCAGAGGAAGCCGAGGUUCUAUUUUCAAUGCACAGUGUAUUUCGCAUAGAAGAUAUUAAGUGUUUAGAUGAAAGUCAACAAGUCUAUGAAGUUCAAUUAACGCUCACGGCUGAUGAUGACCCAGAAUUGCGUCAACUAUUCAAUCAAAUAGUUACGGAUAUUGAAAUGCCCACUCUUCCGAGAAAGGAAGACCUUCGAACAUUAUUAUUAUGGAUUGGACAAUAUGAUACAGCAGAAAAAUUUUAUCUUGAUUUACUUGAUAAGUCGUGGCUAUUAAUUGACGAAGUAUAUUGUUAUAUGAAUUUAGGACGGAUCAAUGACAGACUGGGUAAAUAUGAUACAGCUUUCGAAUAUUAUGCAAAAGCCCUUUCCAGGGUGAUAAACGCAAGAUGUUCUGAAACUGAUAGCUUUUUCAGAAUUUAUUAUAAGCAGGUUGGCGCAUUAUAUUGCGAAACUGGAAAUUAUUCGGAUGCCUUGAUCUUUCUUGAAAAAUCAUUAAGUAUGCAAAAGGAAUUGCGUCCACUUGAUGAUUCUGAUCUGUAUGCUCAUUACAACGACAUUGGCAUGGUUUAUUAUCAUAUGGGGAAAUAUGACGAGGCAUUAUCUAAAUUCAAUCAAGCACUUACCACUUCUAAAAAUAUUCUUGCUCCAAAUCAUAUAAAUUUAGCUAAUCUUCAUCUGAAUGUCGGUACAUGCUAUGCUAAGUUAGAAGAUCAUACUGAGGCAUUGACCCAUAAAAAAAUAGCAAUUGACAUUUUGGAGAAAGUUCUUCCAGACAACCAUCCGAUAUUAGCGAAUGCUUACAAUUCUUUCGCCGUAACGUCCAACUAUAUUGGAAACGUUGAAGAAGCAAUGAUUUAUUGUCGAAAAGCACUUCAUAUUCACGAAAAAAAGGCACCUAUCAAUCAUCCUCAUUUUGCGCCCAUCUGUUUCAAUUUAGGCAAAAUAUAUCCAGAGCAGGGUGAUUAUUCGAACGCAAUGUUAUACUUGGAAAAAGCACACAAGAUUCUUCAGCAAACAUUGCCCGAAGAUCAUGAAUUAUUAGCAUUGGCUUACAGUAGUUUUGGUGAAGUAUAUGUGAAACAAAAAGUCUUUAUGCAAGCCUCGCUCUAUUAUGAAAAAGCACUUGAUAUUUACGAGGUACGUUUCUCUGAUGAUCAUCUUGAUUUAGCUACUAGUUAUAAUAAUCUUGAUGUAGUGUAUUGCCAAACGGGGAAGUAUGAGAAAGCACUUCAAUGUUUAGAAAAAUCUGUGACUCUUAAAGAGAAGUGUGUGGGUGAGAAUCAUUUAUCAUUAGCUAAUAUUUACAAGGCAAUUGGAUUUACUUACGGUAAGAUGAAGAAAUAUGAAGAAUCAAUUCGAUAUUUGGAAAAAGCUGUUGAUAUUUAUCGGAAUUAUGCUUUGUCUCCUGAUCAACAGGCACAAAUACUAUUAUAUAACAUCGAGCAAUAUGAAAAAGUUUUACAACUACAAUCUGGUAUUGACUUCAAUUAA